CGAAUGACACGCUACAUUUACGGCAGUCCUGGUCAGAUACACGUUUGGCAUGUUUUGAGUUUCUCAAGCUUCCUGACAAGCGUCUCUUUGUCCUGGCCUGGACAGACUGCCAUCACCAUGGCAACAUCAAGGGAGCAGCAGGAACAGAAAGAGCAGAAGGAUGCUGGGAGUCAGCCUCCAGAGAAGAAGAAGAGGAAGCGAGACAAAAAGUUGCAAAAUGCCGUCCGUGAACAAAUGGAGUUCUACUUCAGUGAUGCCAACUUACAUAGAGACAGGUUCUUAAAGAAAGAGAUGGAGAAAGAGAAAGAAGGAUGGAUUGACCUCUCAGUCAUCCUCAGUUUCAACAAGAUGAAGCAGUUGACUUCAGACCCCAAGAUGGUGGUGAAAUGUCUCAGGAACUCAGAACUUUUGCAGGCAAAUACAGAGAAAACGAAAGUGAGAAGAACAAAGCCACUUGCAGAACCAGUCCAGAUGGAUGAGCGUACAGUAUACGUGGAGUGUCUUCCACGUACUGUGACCCACGAGUGGAUCAAAACGACCUUCAGUGUGUGUGGCAAGGUCGCAUACAUCAGUCUUCCUCGCUUCAAGACAUCUGGAGACACCAAGGGCUUCGCCUUCAUCGAGUUUGAGAAACAGGAAGAGGCAGAGAAGGCUUGCAAGAUGCUGAACAACCCACCAGACCACAUGGUUGGGAAGAUGGGCGUCUUCCCCAAGACCAGAAAAGGACGGCCCAUUCCUGUGCCUACCACUCCACAGGCAACUACAGAGCCACCUUCAACAAGUGAUGAUGCCAGUUCAGAAGGAAAAGGGGGAUGCAAAAGAAAAGGAGGUCACAGAAAAGGAUCCUUCCCACUCAGACACUCUUGAAACUGAUGCGGGAAAGGGGAUAGGGAAAGAUGGAGUAAGAAGUGUCCAUGCUGCAGUAUCAGCAUUGAUAAAGGAGGCAAGGGGAGAGGGAAGGAAACGGCGUGCCACAGACCCAGGAGAGGCACCCUCCACAGAAGAGACACACGCUGCUAAAAUAGUCAAACCAUCUGCCAAACACAGAGGAGAGGAAGGAAGCAUGUCAGACAGUGAGGUGUCCACAAAGGAACGGAGAGGAAAGAGGAAGCUAGAAUCAGUUCUUUCCCAAGAAACAAAUUCCAAGAGGUCAAGACUCGAAGGACACAAGGAGAGCGGGGAGUUGAAAAAGAACAAACGGAAGAGAAAAAAGAAACACAGGGAGGAAAGAAGAAGGGAUAGAGAAACAAAGAAGGGGAAGGAAGAUGUCAGACUGAGAGUGAUUCCCAAGAAAGAGUGGUUAAAACUCAAGAACCAGUACCUGACCAUGCAGAAAGCAAAUAUGUCAAACUUGAAGAAGUCUUUGGUAACCUUGAGCUCCAGCCACCAAAAUGGCAAGACAGCUGGAGAAGCAAAGCAGCCAGCAGAAGCAGAGAAGACAAAGGUAGAGAGGAAAGCCCCUGAGUUUGUGGAGGGUGUUGUUGUGAAGGUGACACCUGCUGAACCUCUGGAGUCCAGACAGAAACUAAGGGACCAGCUGCUGCCCUGUGGAGACAUUGCCUACCUGGACAUACAGGAGGGCAUGACAGAGGGUUAUGUCAGAUUCAAGACUUCCAUAGGAGCACAGAAGGCAACUGAAAAAUAUGGCGAGAUAGUCACUCUAAAAGGAGAGGAAGAGAAGGAGUACUGGGACAAGGUCACAGCAGACUGGGAGAAAAAGUUCCAGUCACCAACCCAGAAAGAGAAGAAAAAGAAAAAGAAGAUGAGGGGAACAAGGAAGUUGCUGGAGAGAGCAGAAAAGGCAGCAGCUCUACAGAGAAAACACAUUCACUUUGAUGGAGACUGAAGAUUGUUGAGAGAGUGGUGAACAGUGGUCCGCAUCACUUGAGAUCAUUUAGAACUGUGACAACAUUGUAGUGACCACACAACAAAGAAUGCAGCUAUGAAGUUCAUGAUGUCUUACUCGGAACUGUAUACAAGGAAUUAAACAUAACAUGUAAUAUGCAGUUAUACUACACAGUACAUACUCAUGUACUAGACCAAACAUUGGUCACUUUGAAUUUAGAAAGACACUGCUAAUUUGGUAGCCUGAGUAAAUCACGUUUAUAGUGGCCUUCCCGUUUAAGUCACGCUUUUGACGUGCCGAUUAUUGCCUUGGGCAUUGAGUAUGUACGUACUAUCCAAUUACUGCUGAAGCUCCUUACACUCGCUGCUUUUUUUCAGGGCAUUGAGCGUAGGGAGUCCCGGCAGUAACCGGAUGGUACACCCAGGCUAAGGUUGUGUUUCACAGACUACUUAUAUAGGUGGUCUAUUUUAGUGUUAUCAAAUAUCACCAGUAUAGACAUUUUUGAUGUGAAAUGACUUCAUUAUACAUUCAAUUGCAAGCUGAAAUGUAAGGCUUUGAUUAGAUUAUCACAUCAUCCAAGGUCCUGGUAGCCUUUUAGAUCUUAACUGACAUUAAGCAGAGCACUUGUUGUUGUACAUUAAUGCUGAAGCUGCAUCUUGUAAAAGUAAUACAAAUACAUGUAUCUUAUUAAACAGUAUCACACUAUUACCUGAGGAAAAAUCAAAGAUAGUCUGUUUUUAGAUUAGUUGAUAUUAUAUAUCACUUAGGAAUUGUGCCAAGAAUAUGGUUGCAAGUUGACUGACAACCAACACUCGCCACCGAACCAUGUGGAAAGAGACUGAAAAGUUGGAAGACCUCAUUGUUAAGAGAUUGAUUGACAAGAUAUCAUAAUGUUUCUGGAAGAAAGCAUGCUCUUCUAACUUUAUGUGUAGUGAGCCAGAAUUGAAUUGUGUGGCUGAACUCAGGCACUUCCUUCGAUUUCCAAAUGUCCAGUGUCUUUUCAAAUCAUAAGUUACCAGGGUCAGAUGAUGAUCUUCCUGUUUCUGUUGAAAAUGCAGAGAACAAAGAUAGAACAAAGUAUUUGUGAACAUGUUUUAUGAAUUUUCAAUGUUAGUUUGAAUAUUCAUCAGUGUUGAUAGAAGUCAUUCUGAAGCAUCAUUUUGAAGCAUAGUUGAACCAUAAUUCUCAACACAACGAUUAAUUUUGAUUUGCCCAAAUUUUUUACUAUUCAACUCUUUAUCAAGGAAUGACCAAGACUGUGGUUAGUUAGACAGUAGGAAAUUUGAAUAAUUCCAAUUUUUAUGUUGGAAAUUAACGUUACAGAUCAAUGUUGCAUUGACAUUUUGUCAGUUUGUAGCAAGUUUGUGAAGGUCAUCGACUUCCGAUGGAUGAACAUCACCAUCAGUAAGUUGUAAUUUUACAGUUUUCAAAGCAGUUUGUUGCUAUCAUUUACUAUGAUGAUAAAAUGUAUGCCACACUUAAAAGUUACAUUCAACACAGCAAUGAAAAAUUAAAUGGCACUGUUGAUGAA